AUGGGACCUAGCCACAUUAAUUCUCGUGCAAAACCCCCUCCGCCGCAAGUUCCGAUCAACCUGAGAUGGUGCAAUCGAGCCCUACGCCCGUUAACGUCGAUAUAUUUACGACUGGAGAAACACUGGAGAAUCUCCCCAUUGCGAGACGAAGAAUACAUCCGGCGGGCAUAUGGCGGUGGUGAAAGCUCCUUCAGUAGCAGCCAGAAUGUACGCAGGUCGAUGUCAGCCUCUGGGAACGCAUCGGACUCGGAAUCGUCGAAGGAAGACCCUACAUGGGUACCGGGCGAUGCUUCACGAAAGCCAAUAAAACACCGAUAUUCUGGAAGGAAAGAAAGUUCGCGUACAAGCUCACGUUCUAAAGCCGUUGUCAAAAGCCCAGAGACUGAAAGACUCCAACCUGGACAACUCGCGAUUGCGACCCCUUUGAUCCUGGGAAAACGGCGGAUGAUUCCCCUAUCGAAAAUGCCGGCACCCGGUGAUGGCAGCACAGAAAAUGAGAUGCCACAAAAAGAGAAGAUUUUUUCUUAUUCGAGACGUAAAUCUUUGGGAAAUAGCUGGAGCCUCGGUGAAAUCGCGCAUGGAAUAGAAGAUACAUACAACGAUCCGUCCUAUGUGGCAAUUGUGCAAACCAUUUUCUCUGCAUGGGAUACCCUUCUUAGAAUGAGUGGCCCUCAGCAGAGUAAUCCUCAGACAGGGGCAAAGUCCUUAUUGUCAAUGGCUCUAAGCACUACAUCCAAAUACAUUUUACAGGAGCAAGAGCGCAUUAACAGCCUCGAAGAAAAAGAUGAGGAGACAGACGUCGCCGGGUGUAUCAUCACUGAGUUGGAAAAGAUGUACACAAUGGGUGGCAACGGAUGGAGACCAUUGAAAGAGCUUGUCCGAUCGCACGGCAUCCACUUGAUGUGCGAAGCAAUUCGAAGACGAUGGCUCUCUCCUCAAUUGAGCCGAAGGCUCGUCUUGCAAUCUUUUUCUCUGCAAGCUCAUGACGCUGCAAGCGCUUUAUUAACAGCCAUGAUAUCGCUCUCGCCCGUCAUUCCACCUCCGGUUCGGCUGGAUUCCAACCUAUUUAAACCAAGUCAUUCGGUUGCAUUACACACUUUGGAAACUUAUGUCAGGCCCUCAGGAAGUUUUAGUAUAUUAUUCAGGGAAAUGGCAUCAUUACUUGAUCGAGGUCGAUUACCAGCCGAAUGGUUAGCGACCGACUCCAUGAAAUAUUACUUGACUUCUGCUUUACAAUCCCUUGCAACUGAUGACGAGCACUCCUUUGCUUCACUACGCCUCAUCACUUCUGCCAUACUAGCAGCUGCUGGCUCUAAGAGAACAAUACCCGCGCAGGUGCUUAACAACUUACGCCGGUCAAAACGGGGGACUACUCGAAACCGCAAGAGCGAGUCCGAAGCAAGCUUUACUGGCUCGUGUCUGGGGCCGAAAACCAGCUGUCAUGAUCCAAUUUCUAUCGCCCUCAGCAACAGUAUUACAAGUAUCCUCACCGUGCUUUCUGGCUCACAUGUUGCCAAGUUUGGAUUUGGAAAGGCAAAGGCUUCGUCAUUGUAUAACUUGCUAUCCUUUCUUUCUACGAUUGUGCAGCGAGAUAUUGAACGAAACCUUUUUGAUAAGGGCAAGAAUAAGUUGAACCUGCAACCAACUCGGGCUUGCACCAUUUUGCUUUCAGAUUUUUUGGCCAAUUUUUUGGGUAAUGGCAACAAGGAGAGCCAAAGGCAGGCGGCUAUUCAUGCCUCGCCUAUUCUACACAAUCUUGGAUAUUUAACUGGUAUGCAUAAAAAUAAGAAGGAGCUUGUGGAGGAGUUGGCCGACUUUGUUCUACAGGUCGCGAGAUGUCUAGGCAGGGUACGGAAUGAUAACGGCUUUGAGGUGGCUAAGCGGUUCACCUUAGCAUUUAACUCCUCUUCUGUCAAAAGGCACCCUAUUCUCCGACUAGUGCUCAGCAAGGUGGCUGUUGAGGUUGCUCUGAAGUUUGCUGAGGCUACAUGCCUACAAGAACAUCAUGACUGGGCCUCAUAUAUCCAAGAUCAAGCGGCUGCCUGUGGUUUAGAUAUAGCUGAUGUGCACGAUAUGCAACCAUUGACCCCCUCCUUACGCCGCUCGGAAACUGGAUUUAGAUGGGAGGAUGGCAUUGGGGAAUGGGUUGCAAAGACUCCCAUCUUUAGUCAAGCCAAAAGCUCGAGGUCUACGUCGCCGUUGCCGAACUGUACCGUCCCCGCAUCUCAGUGUGGCAUGACUGAUCAUAAAAUGGAAAUAUCAGAUACCGAAGAGAGUGUCUCAAGGUCCUCGACAAUGUCAAAUCAAAACAAGGACAGCUCAAGUGUUUCAUCGGAGUAUUCUGACUCGCCUCCACCGCCCAAGAGGAAACGAUUAACAAGCGCUUUUGGCGAUCAAAACUUCACGAGAGCGACAGAAAGGGGCCAAAACAACCCUUGCUAUCUCCAACGUCAGACCGCAAGACGCCGGAGCUCAGAUAUGGAUUCUCGGCCGGACCAUAAUGAAUCACGGCAAUGCUGGCUUGGACCUAGGAAACCCGUUCAUAAUACAACCACGGACCAUCGACGGUCGACUGGAGGAGCGCUAAUCCAUGGUAGCUCAAAAAAUGUAGCUGUUGUGAUUGAAGUGCCUCGUAAACGGAAGGCAAGCGACUCGGGGGCUGUGCCAAAAGAGCGUAUCAUUUGCCGCAGGAAGCGUCGUGCUACUGAACCGUUUGGAUCUAUAUCAACGGCAUUUGAUACGACAGAUAAGGAAGAAGAAACCGAAGAUGAGGAGGAGGAAGAUAUCCUCAGUCAUGCGCCAGCCCUCAGCCAACGAUUUAAGCACAGGAUACGGCAUCAAACUGCUCCUAGACAACCCCAGAUCCGUCACAAGGAGUUCAGGCGUGCCCGCCCCCGUCGAUCAACUAGGUUGUCCCUUGGAGAACGUGUAAUCCCCUGCUCAGACUCGAGUGAUGAUGAACUAAGCUUCUGUUGA